AUGCUCAAGCAUCUUGUACCGUACGAUUGGAGGAAGCUAUUAGAUGAUAUCUUCUACAGGAUCCUUAUGCAUCUAUCUGAAGCUAACCUUCCACCUCAUACUCCUCCACGUACCAAUUUUCUCAUCUGCUCUCUAGAUCCGAGAACACGACCAUCGAUUCCAGAACACCUUCUCCGUGCCUGCCCUUCAAUACCUCGAAAGACUCUUGCUGAGUUCAGCAUUUUGAACCGUGGCAUUAAACUUAAAUACGAAAAGAAGUUCUCUCCGAUUACCAAACUCAGUAACGAAUUUCUGAUGAUGAUUCUGGAUCGCUUGAGUUCCCAUUCCAGAGAGUUGGUGAAACCAGACCACAGGGCCAGUCUGUCUGUCGAGAGUUUUGCUCCAAUACCACCACAGAUUGUCUAUGACGCACCCUCGAUUGAUCACUUUAGUCGAACAUGCUGGAAGUUUCUGGAUCUUGGACGACAGCACUUGUUCGUGCGUAUAUCUAUUCGUUUCUCCUCGGAAGGUUUUGAGAAACUCCGUAAUAUUGCAAUACGACCCCUGUUUGCCUUGAAUGUGAAGAAAUUCAGUUACAAGAUUCCACGCUUUUAUAGCCAGGACCGAGUCCAAUUUGAAAGGCUUCUACGAGAGUUCCGCGAGCCCGUUCAAACGGCAUCAAUCCAGAAUCUUGAGAGAGGAAGAAAUCAACAGCGCCAAGAAUCGCGACUUACUUCAGAAGACCACAAUACAAUCAUCGAGACGAUGUUGAGAGCAGUGGAUCAGAGAGAAGUUAUCGAGUCUUCCAUGGACGAAACCUAUCUUGAGUCCGCACUGGCGAAAUUUAGAAAUCUCCAGCAAGUGAGAUUGAUGAGGGUUCAAGACAAGGUUGACACUGGAUGGGCGCGGUUCCUGAACAGACAUCCAAGGUAUAGCGACGAAUUCGGAGCUGAAGAUUGGGCGGUAUCCUGCGAACAUGCGGCGAAAACCCUUAGCUCUGUGUUAAUGAAAACCAACAAUCGGCAGCUGGCGCGGUUUUCGAGUCGAUUCAUGGAACCUCAAUUUCCUUUGGUAAUUACAGAACCUCUGCGGUUGACAAUCACCGCUUUCGCCAAACGAUUAAGAUACUUAGAGUUGGAAUUUGUCGAUGAACGGAGCCACCGGCAAGAGAGGAUGUCGGAAUUGUCCGAGCUAUUUGAGACUGUCUUCAAUGCAGCAAUAAACCUGCAAUGUCUGCACAUCGGAUUUCGGUAUCGUACUUCAGCACCCCUUCGCUUACUGCUCCACGAAGUACGUUUCCGUGAGCUCAAACAUAUUGGACUGCAUAUGUGGACUUUAGACAGCGAUGAACUGAUCGAGUUGCUUCGAAGACACCAAGGCCUUCGAUCGAUUCGGCUAAGACACAUCUCGUUAAAGCAAUCUCUAGAUGAAAAGAAUUGGACAAAAGUACUUCAGUUCAUUCGAUCCACAUUUCCCAAUCUAAAAUGGAUUAGUCUCCGAGGUAUCGGAUAUAAUCUGAAUACUAGUGCUACAACGCAUCCUAUGGGAGGGUUGAAUUUUGCCCCUGCAUUCCAACCACAUCCUCUGACUGGGAACAAUGAUAGCGAUAACGAUAGUGUUCUUAGUAAUUUUGCUACCAACGAGAUAGGAGAGAGUGAUGAAGAUGAGACUACAUCACAGCAACACGAAGACAGCGAUCAUGAAUCUGCCAGCGAUCAGCACGAUACGGAUGGGCCGGGAGAAACAGAGGCUGACGAUAACCAUGACGACAAUGAUAGCGACCUUGAGGAGGAGCAUCACGACUUGUCUUUCGAGCAUGGCUUCACUGCCGAAGAGUCACUUCUCGCAAAUUAUCCUCCACGCACGGAAUCAGAGACGAGUCUACAAUGCGAAUGUUGGGAAUACGGCUGGGACCUUCUGGAUGACGAUGGUGUCUCUGUGACUGAAGACCAGUGGAGAAAAUGGCAGAAAUGGGUGGAGAAGUCUUGUGCCAUACAUGAUACCCGGCCGCACACGUAG